CUCCAUUUCUUACAGGCAAGUCCUCCGCCACUCUGGUUCUUCUUCUCCGUGUCAUCUCAGGCGAUUUCGAUUUCCCAUUACUUAUACGCUUCUACGAGCACUGAUUCUCAACCAGGGUAUGGCAUUGAAAUUAUCAUUUGCAGCGGAUAAUCCGCCCCUCUCUGUAAUCGCAGCAGCUGGAGUUGCUGGUGUCCCACUCGAGGUCGAUCCUUCUCUUCCAUCUGGGGCGUUGCCCGAGUUAUGCAAUUCCUCUGGAUCAAAGUGGCAGGGAGUGGCCGAGCUUCUUCGCCGAGUUGGGCAAGUAGCUGCGUUACCAAAUUUCUAUCCAUGUGAUGCAGUUGAGGUUGAACAGAUUGAGAAAUGGCUGGAGUACGCACCUAGUCUUUCGUCGGGAGCAGAGUUUGAGAAUGCGUGUGAAUGUGUGGACACUUAUCUUUUGAAGCGGACUUUCUUGGUAGGUUAUAGCUUGUCAGUUGCAGACAUAGCCAUUUGGUCAGGUCUUGCAGGCACUGGUCAAAGAUGGGAUAGUUUGAGAAAGUCCAAGAAAUAUCAGAAUCUGGUUCGCUGGUAUAACUCCAUAGCAUUAGAAUAUGCUUCUGUUUUAAACGAGCUUACCGAGACAUAUGUUGGCAAAAGAGGCUUAGGCAAACCAAAAUCUGCAAAACCAAAGGAAAAGGAGGAGAAUACUACAAAUGCAGAAAAUAGUGACAGGGAGAAGUCCAUGUGCCCUUUUGAUGUGGAACUUCCUGGUGCAGAAGUUGGAAAGGUUGUCUUACGAUUUGCCCCAGAGCCUAGUGGUUACCUUCACAUUGGCCAUUCCAAGGCUGCACUUCUGAAUCAAUACUUUGCUCAAAAGUACCAAGGGAGGCUAAUUCUGCGUUUUGAUGAUACAAAUCCUGCUAAAGAGAGCAAUGAGUUUGUGGAGAAUAUCUUGGCAGAUGUCGAGACGUUGGGGAUCAAAUAUGAAAAGGUGACUUAUACUUCUGAUUACUUCCCAAAUUUGAUGGAAAUGGCUGAGAAGAUGAUAAUCAGUGGAAAAGCAUAUGUUGAUGAUACACCAAGGGAACAAAUGCAGAAAGAGAGAAUGGAUGGCAUUGAAUCAAAAUGCAGAAACAACAGUAUCGAAACUAAUUUGGCAUUGUGGAAAGAAAUGAUAGCUGGGACAGAGAGGGGUCUGCAAUGCUGUUUGCGUGGUAAACUGGACAUGCAGGCACUAAAUAAAUCCCUUCGAGAUCCAGUUUACUACCGCUCCAAUCCUAUUGCUCAUCAUCGCAUAGGGAAAAUGUAUAAAGUGUACCCAACAUAUGACUUUGCCUGCCCUUUUGUUGAUGUACAUGAAGGCGUAACACAUGCACUCCGUUCAAGUGAAUAUCAUGAUCGAAAUGAGCAAUACUACAGGAUUUUAGAGGACAUGGGAGUGCGGAAAGUGCAGAUUUAUGAGUUCAGCCGGUUGAAUCUUGUUUAUACUCUUUUGAGCAAACGUAAACUUUUGUGGUUUGUUGAGCAUGGGAAAGUUGAUGGCUGGGAUGAUCCUAGGUUCCCCACUGUGCAAGGAAUGGUUCGCAGGGGUUUAACAGUUGAGGCUCUUCUCCAGUUCAUCCUUUCGCAGGGUGCUUCAAAAAAUCUCAACCUCAUGGAGUGGGACAAAUUGUGGACUAUCAACAAGAAAUUAGUUGAUCCAGUAUGCCCAAGGCAUACUGCUGUUGUUGAAGAAGGACGGGUACUAUUGACUUUAACUAAUGGUCCUGAGACGCCAUUUGUUCGAAUCUUACCUCGGCAUAAGAAAUAUGAGGGUGCUGGACAAAAAGCUACCACAUAUACAAAGCGGAUUUGGGUAGAAAAAGCUGAUGCUUCUGCUAUGUCUGCAGGAGAGGAAGUAACUUUGAUGGACUGGGGAAAUGCCAUUAUAAAUGAAAUCCAGAAAGAUCAGGAUGAAAAUGUCACCCUCAUGACAGGAGUUUUGCAUCUCGAGGGAUCUGUUAAAACAACAAAAUUGAAACUUACAUGGUUGCCUGAGACAACAGAACUGGUCAAUCUUUCUUUGGUUGAUCUUGAUUACCUGAUCACAAAGAAAAAGUUGGAAGAAGGGGAGGACUUCCUUGAUGUGCUUAACCCCUGCACGAAGCGGGAGACACCAGCUCUUGGCGACUCUAAUAUGCGGAACUUGAAACGCGGGGAGAUACUGCAGCUCGAAAGAAAAGGCUAUUACCGGUGCGAUGCUCCUUAUGUUAGGCCUUCAAAGCCAAUAGUUCUGAUUGCCAUCCCAGAUGGCAGGCAGCAGGCACCGUUGAGUUUAUGCAAGGACCUCAACAACCUGCAGAUCCAUUAAGCUCUUCGAAUUACCCCUACUGCAGUGCUAUUAGUUCUCAUUAGAUUUGAAGAUUUUGUCUUCUCUAUUCACUUUUGAUCUGUCCACAUUUCAUCCAAUCGAACAUUCGAGUGACUUGUAUUUUGGAUUUUGUAAUAUUGCAAAAUUCAUCGGAUUAAGCUCUAGGCUGUGGAGUUUGAAAGGAAA